CACACAGCUCUCCUCGUCCUGGCUAUCCCCGGCACCGAGCUGGACUUCAUCACCCUCCUCGGAGACAUCGCUUGGAGGGAUCACACACAGGUCCUGACCAUGCUGAAGCCCGGGGAGGCUGCUGGAUCUGCCUUCCUCAAGGUGGACCCGGUGUACCUCCAGCACUGGCAGCAACUAUUCCCCCAGACUCAUGUCAAGGCUGGAGUUCCGAACCAUGUUCCUCUUCCUGAGCCUCCAACUGAAAGCCUCCGCCUGAGACCAGCCUCCCUGUCCUCCACCUCCUCUACUUCCUCUACCCCGACAUCAGCACCCUCUGCCCCCUCAUCACUGGCCGGAAUCACUCCAAUACAUACAGUCAUAGGACCAGCACCCAGCCUGGAGCUGCCAGGCCCUCCAAGGAAAGACCUGGUGCGCCCAAGCUGUCAGGAGGGAGCCUCUAGCCGCUUCCAGUGCACCCCUGAGGAGUUGGACUAUUAUCUAUAUGGCCAGCAAAGGAUGGAGAUCAUUCCUCUGAGCAACCCCACCAGUGACCCCAAUAACAGGUGUGAUAUGUGCGCAGAUAAUCGGAAUGGAGAAUGCCCCAUGCAUGGACCUCUGCAUUCACUGCGACGGCUAGUGGGUACUAGCAGCACUGCAUCUGUAGCACCUCCUCCUGAAAUCCCUGAAUGGUUACGUGACCUACCGCGGGAGGUGUGUCUUUGUACCAGCACUGUACCAGGUCUGGCAUAUGGCAUCUGUGCAGCUCAAAGAAUUCAGCAGGGCACGUGGAUUGGGCCAUUCCAAGGGGUUCUUUUGUCUCCAGAUAAGGUUCAGUCAGGAGCAAUACGAAACACACAACACCUCUGGGAAAUAUAUGACCAAGAUGGGACACUCCAGCACUUCAUUGAUGGAGGAGAACCCAGUAAGUCAAGCUGGAUGAGGUACGUCCGAUGUGCCAGGCACUGCGGGGAGCAGAAUCUCACUGUCGUUCAAUACAGAUCCAGCAUAUUCUACAGAGCUUGUAUUGACAUUCCCCGUGGCACAGAACUGCUGGUGUGGUACAAUGACAGCUACACGUCGUUCUUUGGGAUUCCAUUGCAGUGCAUUGCUCAGGAUGAAAACUUGAAUGUCCCAUCACCAGUUAUGGAAGCCAUGACCAGGCAAGAUGCACUGCAGCCUUUCAACAAAAAUGGCAAGUUGCCUUCUUCCACAUUGCAAAGGUCCAUAGUUUUCCCACAGACUCCAUGCAACAGAAACUAUUCUCUUCUGGAUAAAUCUGGGCCUCUCGAUACAGGAUUUAACCAAAUUAAUGCUAAAAACCAGCGAGUGCUUGCCAGUCCAACCUCAACAAGCCAACUCAACUCAGAAUUCAGUGACUGGCAUCUUUGGAAAUGUGGACAAUGCUUUAAGACUUUUACCCAACGGAUUCUACUACAGAUGCAUGUGUGCACCCAGAAUCCAGACAGGCCUUACCAGUGUGGGCACUGUUCCCAGUCCUUUUCCCAGCCAUCGGAAUUAAGGAAUCAUGUCGUCACCCACUCCAGUGAUCGACCUUUCAAGUGUGGCUACUGUGGCAGGGCAUUUGCUGGUGCUACCACAUUAAACAACCACAUCCGUACUCACACAGGGGAAAAACCUUUUAAAUGUGAGAGGUGCGAGAGGAGCUUCACACAAGCUACACAGCUGAGUCGACAUCAGAGGAUGCCCAAUGAAUGCAAGCCGAUAACGGAGAGCACAGAAUCAAUUGAAGUGGAUUAACUGAUUGACUGGUUGGAAUUAAACUGCAAGGAAAGUCAUGAUUAAAUGUCACGGACACUUAAGCAAAACCAAAGAUUUCCUCUGAACAACUUUCAAUCAGGCCCAGAAAACCAAAAGCAGUAAUAAAAUAAGUAAGAUGUUAAGAGAUAUUGAUCUUGGCAUGGAAGAGAGACCAAGAAAGACAUUAUUUAUUUAUGAGUGGGGGUGAAACAUAUUUUAAAGGACAAGGGGACUUAACCUUUUCAGUCCCAUCAUCUAUACAUAGCUUUAUUUCUAAAUACUUUUUUGUAAAGAAAAAAUGUUAUUUAAUACCAAAGUAAAGGCUCAGUUACAUUUUUCUUGCCCACAUAUAUAUGACAAUGAAUACAUAUGGACUUGUUUAGAAAUGCACCUUUUUGUAGCAUGAUGCCAUUGCUCUAAACACAGCGGCCGAGGAAUUAUUUAAAUGCAGAUGACAUGGAUGGGACACAGUUUAGUUUGGAGGACUGGAAGAAUACCACAGUUUGUGCUUUUGUUUCAUCGUAGUUACAAGUUGACGUUGAUGAUCUGUGUGUCCAGAUAUUGUUGUGAGGUGGAGCCAUUUCUGAAACACUCAAGCCAUUGUCUGACCAAAGAGGACAUUUCACACUUCCAUCAUCUACUGAACCUGAUUACAAACCAUACUUUGUGCACUUUUCAUGUUAAAGGUUUCAAAGACAUUGUUUAUGAUA